AUGACCUCCAGAGUCGUAGUCACUGGGCUUGGAGCGCUCACACCGCUAGGCAAAACUUUGCAACAGUCCUGGUCAAGCUUACUUCGCGGGAACUCCGGGAUUCGUCCUGUUUCGGAGUUAGCUGACUUCAAAGAUUACGAACCACAUUGCCCUGCAAAUGUUGGUGUGGGUAAGAUCGAUGGGUUUGAUGCAACUGCAUAUGGUUCACUGUUCACUUCCCAAGAUCUUCGAAGGAUGAGUCUUUUCACUCAGUUCGCCGUUGUCGCGGCUCAAGAGGCAUUGGACGAUGCUGGCUUGCUGCGUAAACUCGACGAAAUCAAUGUCGAAAGAUUUGGGUGCGUUAUAGGAUCAGGAAUAGCAUCAAUCCAGGACAUGUACGAUUCGAUCCUGGCAUUUGACCGCGGAAAAAAACUAGCUCCUACUUUUGUUCCCAAGAUCUUGGCCAAUAUGGCUUGCGGCAACGUAUCAAUAAAAUAUCAGCUGAAAGGCGUAUCGCAUUGCGUGUCGACCGCUUGUGCAACAGGAAACAAUGCCAUCGGGGAUGCGUAUAACUUUAUUAGGCUUGGUUACAAUGACCUUUGUCUGGCAGGUGCAAGUGAAGCUUGUGUUCAUCCUUUAGCGCUUUCGGGCUUUUUGCGCGCCAAAAGCAUAACACCCGACGGAAUUUCAAGGCCAUUCGAUGCUCUCAGAAGUGGCUUUGUCUUGGGCGAAGGAGCAGGAAUACUAGUCUUGGAAUCUUUGCAACACGCACAAAAGAGAGGGGCACGCAUUUAUGCAGAAGUCGAAGGAUAUGGUCUGUCAAGUGAUGCUCAUCACAUAACCUCACCAUCUGAAAACGGGGAAGGUGCUGGCCGAGCUAUGAGAAUGGCCUUGAAUACGGUCGAUCCUGGAAAGGUUGACUAUGUGAAUGCGCAUGCCACUUCAACUGUCCUUGGCGACAGGGCCGAAUAUCAAGCAAUCGCCCAGAUAUUCGCAGGAGAGUCUCGAGAAAACCGUUUGAAGGUCUCAAGCAAUAAAGGAGCGAUGGGCCAUUUGUUGGGAGCGGCGGGUGCGGUUGAAAGCAUUUUCACUAUCAAGUCCCUGCAAGAUGGCGUGAUACCACAUACAUUGAACCUGGAGAAAGCUGGAGGCGCGCCCGGCGAUCAAUUGGAUAAUUGGCAACAGUUGGACCUGGUUCAGGGAAAGCCAGAGUCGCAACAACUACAAUACGCGCUAACAAACAGUUUUGGAUUUGGUGGUAUCAACUCCUCAUUAUUAUUCAGGAAGUGGGAGCCGUAA